AUGUCAGAAGGUACAACAGACAAAUUAUUCCCAGACACUCCCGAGAGGAAAGCCAGACUCUUAACCUGUCGAGCAGCCGCUUGCUUCUCAGCAGGUGGAAGGACGGCAGAGGAGUGCAGAGAUCUGGGAAAAGCAUUUGAGAUUCAUCCUGCCACCGCUCGGAUGUACUUCCAAAAGCUCUUCACAGAUCACUGUACCGCGGUGGCUGCCCGCAACCAUCUCCGCCAGGAGGCCGAGAGGGGCCUGUCUGGUUACAGAGAGCGAGUUCUCAUCCGGGCAGACCUGCGAUCCACUGAAGGAGUUGAACUUCUGGAUCCUGUGAUCACUCAGUUACGGACUCUUUGCCAUCUAGAGGCUGAUGGGGGAGGCAGGGAGUUGAGGGUACGACUGGCUGACUGUCUCCUCCUCAGAGGGGAGCACAAAGAGGCCCUCUCUAUCUGUAGCCAGCUAGCUGCCGCCCAAGGUCAGCAGAGCUAUCAAAACACAGUCCAGGUUCUUCGAGGAUAUGCACGACUUCUUUCUGAUGACCACAAGGGGGCGUUAGAAGACUUCCAGGCUGUCAUCGAACACAACACUCCUCACCCAUCCAGCUGUGUGCGGGCCCUCUGUGGUCGGGGUCUCCUGCGCAUGAUGGGCGCCUUAAACUACCUCACAGCUCUAGACUAUGUGACAGCCAGCAGACUGCAUCCUCAGGAAACAGCGCUGACUGUUCGCUGCUUGGUGCCAUGGAACUACAGGGGGCUGCUGUUCACUGUUCUGCUGGAGCAGGGACGAGUCAUGCUGGAGGGGGCUGGAGCGCACAAAUCAAAGUCCAGUUCUAGUGAAGACUCCCAGCAGGUCCAACAGGAGGACCAGCAGCAGGCCCCGUCAAAGAAGGUCAACCACAGAUCAGGGACUCCUGCUGGGGUCCAGUCUCUGGCUGCGUUGCUGAUGGAGCUCCAGCCCAAUGCUGACGGGCCUCAGAUCCUGGCAGCAGACGCCUUGUACCAGCUCGGCCGGGUGGAGGAAGCCUACCGGUUGCUGCUGUCCAUCGGGCCCACCAAUCCUCGGGCUCCUAUCCUGGCUCGCCUCGCCCUGCUGCAGCUGCACAGAGGCUUUCUCUAUGACACUAACCAGCUGCUCAAAAAGCUCAUCCUGUGCGGCGAUACCAGCUGUUUGCGCCCCCUGUUGGCCGUGGCGCAGCAGAAGGACCGAACUCUGCUGCAGGGACACUGUCACACGGCCGCGAAACGCAUCCUGGACGGCACGAGAGAAGAGAGCGGCGUCAGGGAGGCGGUGGCCUAUCUCUCCAUCGCUAUUAUGGCCGCUGGUGGCGAGGCGGUGGACUCCCUGCUGGAGAGAGCCAGGUGUUACGCUCUGCUGGGCCAAAGAAAGACGGCCAUAUUUGAUUUCAGUGCCAUUCUAAAGGAGCAUCCGAAACACGUGCAGGCCCUCUGCGGAAGAGGUUUCACGUACCUCAUGCUGAAUCAACAAAAGGAAUGCACUCAUGAUAUCCUCGCAGCACUUCAGAUCAACACUGACAUAGUCACCAAGGACAUCCUGUCACUCAAGGACAGGGCACAGAAGCUGGUCUGCAACUGGCUGCAUCAGUUCUGUCGUAACAAUCUGUCAGACAUUUUGGUCACGAGUGCUGUUCCCUGCCAUGAGGAGCAGCUCAGAGAGGCUUUUAUAAUUGGUGGAGCCCUGAUGAGGACUGACUGCAGAGACCCCAGAUGGCAUCUCCUCUAUGUGGACAUCCUCUUGGCUAAAGGUGAAGUCAAGGCGGCGGGCGCUCACCUGUGCCAGGUGUUUGGCCAGGAGCCGAGGGAUGCAGCGGCUCAGGCUCGAGUUGGUGUGGUGGAGGCCUGGCGGCAGAACUACCGCAGCGCAGCUCGCAGGCUCAGCAAACUGACCGAGAAAGAUUCAUCCAGUCUGGACUUCCUGCUGGCUCUGAUCCCAUUUAAUCAGCGAAAAUGCAUGGCACAGGCAGCAGCACAGGAGGCCAGCAGUGUGUCAUCAGGUGGUCAGUGGGAUCAGGCCCUCUCGCUCCUGACUGUGGCAGUACAAGCAGUGGGCAGUCAUAAACUCCAGUAUCUCCGUCAGAGGGCUGCCUGCCUGGCACAGCUGGGCCUACACGAGCGGGCCAUAGCUGACCUGGACCGAGUCAUCCAGAAACACACAGGACCCGACUCUAGCUGCUCGGACGACCCUCAGGUGUGGGCGGAGGAUCUGUGUCGGCGAGGUCGCAGCCUGGUGCUCUGCUCCAGAGAAGGGGCGGCGCUGGAGGACUUCACCCACGCUUUGGAGCUCCACAGGGACCAGGCCAUCCAGUGCAUGGAGGCCGGUUUGGGGAGGCUGCGUCUGGCUGAGUGCUUCCUGCGGGGGGCGCUGCAGCACUACGGGGAGCAGCAGCUCAGCAAAGCUUGGACGUUGAUCGAAUGUGGCCUCCUUGUGGACAGUGAGAACACAGAGCUACGCAGACUGAGGGCAAGAGUGAAACGAGAAGUAGCUGGCCCUUGUAAUGUCAAUUAGUGCUGAUCAAACUGGACGCUGGAUCUGCAGAUGAGCUUUAAAAGAAUAACAAAAUCAGUGCCUGUAUUCUAACGUUAUAUCACUGUGGAGAAACUGAUGGAAAAGAUUACCAGAUGUUUUAUGGUUCAUGACGUCAAGCUUUGGUUUAUGUCAUGUCUUCCAAGUUCAGUCUAACUUUGUAAGAAUAACAGCAGUAUUUGUUAGCACUCAGUAUCUUUAUAAAGACAACAAAGCAGUAUAUUUAAUGUCAGAGGAGUAUGUGGAUAGAUAUUCAACACAACAAUCAGUUAUCUUCAAAAAUCACACAUUUAGAACUAAAACACCAGCAAUUCAAUUAUUGUGUAAAUAAAAAAAAAUAUCAAUCAGGACGCUGUUGUAUUGUAUGAAUUAAAUCAUGCGACAUGAAAAUGAAAUAGCAUAUUUUAAUUCAAACCUUCACACCUAGAUAAGAGUUUUAAGAAAGUGUCAAAUGUGCAGGUUUUAUACUUUUAAAAUGGAGGAGGCGUUUGUUUAAUCAUAUUCACGACAGCAAACAAUUUAAUAAUGCAGAAAUACAGCAAAAAA